AUGAAUCAUUUAGACGAAUUUAAUAUUGAGAUUCCCGAUGGUAGUCAUAUUUUACGACGCGGUCAGCAAUUAACAGGCUUAAUCAGAUUAAAACCUAAGGAAACAUGGAUAGCGAAAUGUCUUUGGAUCGAAUUUUAUGGUCGAGCAAGUAUAAAAGCUAACAACGCAAAUUUGUCAACAUAUCGGCAACGACGGGGUCGAAGAUUUAUGCUUUAUGAUCUCUACACAGAAAAAACUGAAUUGUUCUUUAAAGUCAAGAAAUGUCUGUGGGGAUUCAAUGGAUUACCUGAUGAAUCUGAGAAUUCGAAACUCAUGGACAAUCCUUGUCAUUUGAAAAUUUUAGCCGCUAAAUCUCAUCAGUUUUCCUUUGCUUUUUUCGUACCUAAUGACGAAUUACCUUCCUCUAUCGAAGGUGAUCGAUUCUAUGUUCGAUAUUCCCUUCGAGCAUGCAUUGAAAAGCUUAACGGAAGGGAUUACUUCAUGGAAAGGAUUUUAACAUUGAGAACUCCAGUUGACGUCAGUUCAUUCAAUUUCAUCAUCCCGCCACUAUCCUACCAAGCCGAGAGAGUUGUUACUAGCUGGUGUUGUCAUUCUAGACCAGUACGAUUGUUAGUCUCCAUUAAUCGCAAUGGUUAUUACCCUGGUGAAGAUAUUUCAUUUAGCGUAAAAGCUACAAAUAAAACUAGAAAAAUCCUUGGCAAGAUCAAAGUGAAACUCUAUCAGGUAUUGAAUUCUAGAUUUGUUAGAGGCCCACAACGUAAAUGCUACGCUCGUCAGCAGUAUGAUCGCAAGCUUGGACCUGGUGAUACCAUCUUUUGGCAAAAUGGUAGAAUAACUAUUCCUAAUAUUCCACCUACCAUUCAAGCUUGUGCACUAGCUCGCAUUGAUUACGAAGUGCAGGCAAUAGUACCUAUACCCUUCGAUCAUGACAUUAUAGUAGCAUUUAAGAUUGUCAUUGGGAGUGAACCAGUUCAAACUACUCUAUCGCAUCAAGAAAAUACAUUGCGACAAUCAACACAUCGUAUACGUCAAUUCAGUUGCGAUGAAAUUGAAGAGAUCACUAGAAAAUUUAAAAAUACCAUGACAUGGGAGAAUGAUGAUGAUUUUGGAUAUAAAGACAGCUUGGAGACUACCGUGUAA